AUGACUCCGGGUUUUCUCUUAGACAUCCAACACGUGUUCGUUAGACAUAUGCUCAUUGACAAAGCGACUUCCGCAUCAACUUCCCAGAUCAUAGCGAACAGAAAAGAGAUUAGUCGAGAAGUUGCAGCUCUUGAUCCUGAAAUUGAUGCUGUCGUGACGUCAGCGACAAUGAUACCGAUAUCUGAUGCUCCCCCACAGGAACCGUUGGAUAGAGAUUCAUUUCUGACAGAAUUCAAGACGGAAGCGUACUUAGAGCUGCAGCCAAGAUUGGUAUUGAUCUUUAUUGACAGCUACCUUCGUCGUUAUCUCCCUCGCGAUAGGCAUACUCAACGUAAAACGCAUCGGCUAGUGGUAACCUCACUUGUUGGAUCUGAUAACGUAACAGAACACCACGUGUCACAACUGACAUAUUUUUCCUGGCUACCCGAUGCCAUCUGCCCAUUUUUCAUUUGCUGGGAUGUGCUGAAUGAUAGUGGACUAAGAAUUGUUUGCUACUGGGUUUCGAUACCGCUUAGUCUUCCAUAUCUCAUUACGCAAGUGGACACACUUCAACAACGCGAACAUAUGAUUCUGUCUUGCCUUCAAUUCUCCCCAGCUUUCUUUGGAGACACUGCUUAUCUAGUGAAGUCUCUUUUUGGCUAUGAAGUUAGAAGUGACCUGAUGUUGUUGAUAGCGGCGCAGAAAGUGGAUGGUCCGCCUUUCUGUGCGAUCUUCACCAGUCAGAAGCAGCCUGCUCGUACAUCUGAUUUCUACUCAAAAGUGGAAGACUCUGCAAUGAAAAUGAUGCUCGGAUUUCUCCCGAUUAUCGUUGCUAGGAUCGGUAGAGUGGCUAAAGUGCUUGAUUUCGGAGCUGGACCUACAAUUCAUGUCGCAGCAUCAUUUCGUAACGUAGCAUCGGAGAUCUACUUAGCAGAUUAUCUACCACAGAAUCGCAGAGAACUUGAUCGAUGGCGUGAAGGAAAAUCAGAUUUUGACUGGUCUGACCCAUUGAAAAGGAUAUUAACCCAGGAAGGAAAUUCGUGGGAUGAUCUCGAUGAAAUGAUUGAACUCACAAGAAAGAAGGUAUGUGGCGUUUUCCACUGCGAUUGUCUGACGAGCCCUUCCGUUGACGCUUCACUUGGUUUACAAAAAAAUUUUGAUGUAGUCGUAUCAAUCCUUUGCGUGGAAUACUGCUGCAAAACACUUGAUGAGUACAGGAGAGCCAUAAAAAAUAUUGGAGAACAAAUCAAACCAGGAGGUUUUCUUGUGAUUGGCGGCAUAUUUGAAGAGACCUGGUGCGCAUUCGGAGGCCGAACGUUCACAUGCCUUUAUAUCACAAAGGAGAAUAUGCUCAGUGCCCUGGAGGAUGCCGGAUUGCGGUUGGAAAAUGAUCGCAAAUGUAUUCUCUACGAAUAUACAGGCAUGUACAUGGUUUGCGCAAGAAAAGUUGCAGGAUUAGCGUUUUACGCGGACGCAAAUUAA